AUAUACCUUGCUUCCACAAAACUCAUUCCUGGAUUAGUUCCUUUCAUUUCAAACCAUCAUAUCAUAAACUAAACUACAUUAUUUCUUGUUUAUACACUGUUAGUUGUUCUGACUUUGUUUCUGUUGUUUUUUUGGCGCAAUGGCGAUCCUGUCACCAUGUUCCACAGAGAUGCUGGGGAGGGUACUGGAAAUGAUAUGCGGCAAAAACCACGAUGAGCCGAAAGAGAAGAGCAACAAUAAUGGAGGCAUCAAGAUCAAAGGGAAAGUGGUGUUGAUGAAGAAGAACGUUCUGGACUUGAAAGAUGUUGGGGCUGCCUUGGUUGAUCGAAUUCACGAGGUGUUUGGCAAAGGGAUCUCUCUUCAGCUGGUCAGUGCUGUUCAUGCUGAUCCUGCAAAUGGAUACAGAGGGAAGUUGGGAAAACCAGCAUUCAUUGAGAAGUGGCUUUCCAAGUUCACUGCAGUAACAGCUGAAGAUACAGAAUAUGACAUUACAUUUGAAUGGGAUGAGUGGAUGGGAGUUCCAGGUGCUUUCAUUAUAAAAAACAAUCAUCACAGCCAGUUUUACCUCAAGACCCUCAUUCUGGAAGAUGUUCCUGGCCACGGUCCACUCCAUUUUGUCUGCAAUUCUUGGGUUUAUCCUGCUCAUUACUAUAACUACAACCGUGUGUUCUUUGCAAAUAAGACAUACUUGCCAUGUAACACUCCAGAACCACUAAUCCUGUAUAGAGAUGAAGAACUUGUUAAUCUUCGUGGGAACGGGCGCGGUAUGCUUAAGGAUUGGGACAGAGUUUAUGAUUAUGCAUACUAUAAUGAUUUGGGAGAACCUGACAAGGGCUUGGACUACGCAAGGCCUGUGCUUGGUGGAUCAAAGGACUAUCCCUAUCCUCGUCGGGGCAGAACUGGCCGUCCACCAACUAAAGCUGAUCCUGAGACAGAGAGCAGAUUGGCACUUCUGAGUUUAGACAUUUAUGUUCCACGAGAUGAACGAUUCAAUCACGUGAAGUUUUCAGAUUUCCUUGCCUAUGCGGUUAAAUCACUGGGGCAGGUCCUUGUCCCUGAAAUUGCAUCCCUAUUUGACAAAACCAUCAAUGAGUUUGACAGCUUUGAGGACAUACUCAAACUCUACGAUGGAGGGGCUAAAUUGCCUAAUGGAAACUCUGGAAAUAGAUUCAAAGAAUGCGUCUCAUUGGAGCUCAUCAAGGAACUUGUCCGCUCUGACGGAGAACGAUUUCUCAAAUUCCCCAUUCCUGAUGUAAUCAAAGAGAACAGAUCUGCUUGGAGGACUGAUGAAGAAUUUGGACGGGAAAUGCUGGCUGGAGUUAACCCUGUUGUCAUCCAACGCCUCCAGGAAUUUCCACCAACUAGCAAGUUAGAUCCACAAGUAUAUGGCAUGCAGAACAGUACAAUCACAAGGGAACACGUCGAGAAUAGGAUGGAUGGGCUAAGUGUGGAUGAAGCAAUUUUAGAGAACAGGCUAUUCAUCUUAGAUCAUCAUGAUGCACUGAUGCCAUACCUGAGGCGGAUCAACACGACAACCACAAAAACUUACGCCACCAGAACUCUCAUUUUUCUCAAAGAUGAUGGUACACUGAAGCCCCUGGCAAUCGAGUUGAGCCUCCCACAUCCACAAGGAGAUAGGCAUGGCGCCACAAGCCAAGUAUUCACUCCAGCUCAUCACGGCAUUGAGGGCUCCGUGUGGCAGCUGGCUAAAGCUUAUGCAUCUGUAAAUGAUUCCGGCUACCAUCAACUCAUUAGCCACUGGUUGAAUACCCAUGCGGUGAUAGAGCCAUUCGUGAUUGCCACAUAUAGACAACUAAGCGUGGUUCAUCCGAUACAUAAACUUCUACAACCCCACUUCCGAGAUACAAUGUACAUAAAUGCAUUGGCUCGCCAGAUCCUGAUCAAUGCUGGUGGAGUACUAGAGCUCACUGUCUUCCCAGCAAAGUAUGCAAUGGAGAUGUCAUCAUUCAUUUACAAAACCUGGGUCUUCACUGACCACGCUUUCCCUACUGAUCUCCUCAAGAGAGGAGUGGCAGUAACAGAUUCAACCCAACCUCAUGGCCUUCGGCUUCUAAUAGAAGAUUAUCCUUUCGCCGUUGACGGUCUUGAAGUCUGGGCUGCAAUUGAAGCCUGGGUGGAAGAAUAUUGCCGCUUGUAUUACCACUCAGAUUACAUGGUCCAAUGUGACUAUGAGCUCCAGUCAUGGUGGACGGAGAUUCGGGAAGUAGGCCAUGGCGACUUGAAAGAUGAGGCAUGGUGGCCGCAAAUGCAAACUCGACCCCAACUCAUCCAAACCUGCACCAUCAUCAUAUGGGUAGCUUCUGCUCUUCAUGCCGCGGUUAACUUCGGCCAAUACCCCUACGCAGGCUACCUCCCAAAUCGCCCCACCGUGAGCCGCCGGUUCAUGCCGGAGCAAGGCACGCCGGAGCACGCCGAGCUCCACUCCAACCCGGACCUCGCCUUCCUCAAAACCAUCACGCCCCAGUUGCAGACCCUUCUGGGGGUUUCUCUUAUAGAGAUACUGUCCCGGCAUUCCAGUGACGAAAUCUACCUCGGGCAAAGAGACACCCCCCACUGGACUUCGGACGAGGAACCGCGAGAAGCGUUUCAGAGAUUUCAUGACAAGUUGGUUCAGAUUGAAGGGAGGAUAUUGGAAAGAAACUGCGACCCGAGGUUGAUGAAUCGAUUUGGAGCUGUGAAGGUGCCUUAUACUUUACUAUACCCGAAUGCCUCCGAUUACAGCAAGAUUGGUGGACUCACUGGCAAGGGAAUUCCCAACAGUAUCUCAAUAUGAACUCCCCAGGCCCAGCCAACUUCAAAUCAUACAACAUUACUUUAUUCUUCAAUUCAUUCCCAUUUAUGUAUACCAAAAGUCAUUGUAAUUGGUUCUUAGUU